AUGGAUUCAAUCGAACAAAGCGAAUCAUUUGGUAUGAUGCCGUUCAGAGAUCGUACAAAUGGUUCUGAACUCGUGCAAAAAAACACAGUGCAUAUCAACACGGCGGACAGGCGAUGGAAACUGGGAUUUUAUCGUGAUGAGCCAAGCGCAUUCAAACCCUAUAAUCAUGGAACGUACCAACUCAGCCCUCCACAAAGUUAUAGCGUUACCCACCAGGAAGAAUCACCUCCGCGACUUGAAGUGGGUUUCAACCACGCUGAGUCAAGCGCAUUCAAGCCUUAUAAAGGCCAGACACAACAAAAAACUACACUAACUCAUAGGGCAGUCCAAGAGGAAUCACUACAUGAUUAUCGAAUAAUUCCUCACUCAGUUGAAGCUCCUUGUCCUUCGAAUAGAAGUUUGUGGCAUCCUUUAGAUACGUCUUCAAUUUCUGAUCAUUCUUUCGUAAUUAAACAAAAUUUUGAGCAACCUGCGGUGCGCGAUCCUCCAACUCAUCUCGCUCCACAUUUGGAAAAUAAUAGGGCUGAUCAGAAUCUUCAACUUCAACAUGAAGUAAAUGUCGGUGCUCCUCGACCCAUGAACAUGUGGAGACCUUGGAGUGAAAGACAAGAAGAAUUUGUGGGUGCGAAUUCGUCAGCUAAUGAAAACAGUCAGGAACAGAUAGGCUUAAUUGAGCUGCAAGAAUCAUCGGAUGUGUAUUUGUUUACAGAUCGUACGAAUAGUUGGGAAGUGGUUGAAUCGUACACAGUGCAUCCAGAUACGGUAUUGAUGGAUUCUACCAAUAAACCAUUUAAAUUACAUCUACCUGAAGAAGAUUUGAUGGACUGGGAAUCUUCUGGAUCAAAUGAUUUAAAUUCGUGCGAGGAUCCGCGGGACCAAACUGAACCAUUGAAUUUAAUGCAGUUAGCAGGGAAUAAAAGCCAUUCCAGUGAUGCAACUUCGAGUUUCGACAUACAGAUUUUUCCAGCUCCAGAUGCCACUUCGAACCCACCGAACAUACAGUUUGCAACUCUAUCGAUUUCUGACUUGAUUUCAUCAAAUUCUAAUCAAAGUCAACAUUAUGAAUCGACGACAUCUCCAUAUCAAACUUCUAGUGUUGAAACUAGUACGCGCAACCGUACUGUCCAACAUGAAUUUUCCUGUGAUCUGUGCACUUUAUCAUUUAAAACUCCAAGAGCUCUAACUUCUCACAAAGCAUCCCAUAAACGGAUAUUACACAAGUGUCACAUUUGCAAUCGAGAGUUCGCGUAUCCAGGAUAUUUCAGAACGCACAUGGAUACACACGAAAAAGCAAAUACUACCCCAAAGUAA